CCACUACCACCACCACCGCAAGGGCAAAAAAACCAUGGCCCGCCCUCUCUUAACCCGCAUCCGCCGCCGUCACUUCCGCCUUCACCUCACCUCUCUCACCCUUUCCCUGCUCCGGGGUCACGACAUCAUCGCCCAACCCGCACGCACGCACGCACGCACGCAACAACGCGUUUCUGUAUAGUCUUCUCCCGGAAACACAAUCAUCCUCCCGAAUGAGCUUGGCACAGUCGCUCUCUUUUCGCCGCUCAUGCCGUCCGCUUCGCUACGGGGCAUAGGUCGACCCUUCAAGGCGCCGGCCGGGUUGGCGUCGGCGGCAACAUCACCAACAGAUCCCUCACAAACAACACCCGACGGCCCUUCUGGUGUUGCUACUACUGCUACUGCUGCUGCUGCCGACGCAGACUUGCCAACUCCGUCCAACACUGACCCUUCUCCCACGAAUGGCGACGCCCUCCCACCCGCCUCAUCUUCGUCACUCCCCGCGACCACCACCAACGGCCUCAUCGUCCCUACUACCACCAAUGCAAACUCCCUCUCACCCUCUUCCUCCGCCGCCUCCGUCUCCGAAAAACCCUCCAAGUUUGGCAUUCUCUCCCGCCUAAACAUACAGCUGCCUGGCAGGCGCAGCAAUCGCCACAUCGUCGACUUUCAUAUCCUCCCCGAUGAGCCGCACAAACAAUACGUCUCUGGCGACUCGGUGCGCGGGUCCGUCAUCCUUGCCGUCGUCAAGCCGGUGCGCAUCACACAUCUCGUUGUAACACUCCACGGAUAUGUCCAUGUAUACAAGGACCCGUCUUUGGGGCGCUCCCAAACCGCCACGAUAACACCUCGCGGCGGUUCCUCGACACUUCCACAGUAUCACGGAAAUGGCGUCGCUAGCUUGUUCCAAGACGAGCAGGUCCUCAGUGGCGACGGUAGGCUCGAGGCAGGCCGAUACGAGUUUGGCUUUGACUUGUUAUUCCCUGACAAGAGUCUGCCAAGCAGCAUAGAGUUUGAACGAGGCACCAUUGCAUACAUGAUUACCGCUACAUUAACAAGACCAACUACCAUCGCGCCAACAAUGAGCUGCGAGCGCAGGGUCAUGCUCGCACAACACAUUGACGUGGGCGAUGUCCCGCCACCACGCCCGCGCACAAUCUUCUUGGAACCGAUAUCAAAACGAUCGCGCAAGAAGCGCACCGCGACAUCAGAACGAGCCAAAUUGGCAUCGCAAGAAUCACAGGCCACCGAAGUCGGCUCCGAGGUAGGCACUGAUCCGUCCGUUGCUGGCGACGCGAGCCGAGAGAGCGCGACAGAGCAUCGAAGCGGCACCGAUGGCCGCAGCGAGUUUAGUGGCGAAAGCAAUCGCAGUGCAAGCACAGGGAUGAGUAGGUCGGAGCUUUCGACAUUGUCCAACGUUACGUCCACCAAACAGCAAGCGGUAGACGACAAGACGAUUACCGCCACUAUCGAGCUGCUCAAGGGCGGUUACAUGCCUGGCGAUACACUGACUAUUCGCGUCACCGUCCAGCAUAUCAAACAUCUAAAGAGCAUGAAUGGUGUCAUUGUUACGCUCUACAGACAAGGCAAGAUCGACUCGGCACCAUCCGCUACGCUAUUCAUUGGCAACGGCGACAAAGCGCUGGACGAAGCCUACCCACGGUCCAGAACAGGCUUGGCUGGACUCUCCAUUUCCUCCACGAGCUCGCGCAGCAUGUUUCGCAAAGACCUUGACCAGAACACUGUGCCACUUAUCAUCGACCCGAUUACGCUGCAUGCAACAGUGACGGUGACUCUCAAGCUUCCAGACGACUGUUUCCCGUCGAUAAAGGGCGUGCCUGGUGGCAUGAUUGGAUUCAAGUACCAGGUAGAGGUGAUUGUUGAUCUUGGUGGCAGACUAUCGAGCCAAAUAACACAAGGUGGAACGUCUUCUACAAGAUAUGGCUCGUUUGCUGCCAAUGGCGCUGAGCAAACUAGCGUCGGCUUUGGACCUCGAACUGCCACAACCAUCAUGGAUACGACACCGCUGCGGCGCCAAAAGGGCGUCAUUUCCGUAUCUAUGGAGCUCAUUGUCGGUACGCAAGACAGCUCCCGUACUCGCAAACAAGCUGCGCUACGCAAACGAGUCAUCAGAAUCGCCGACGGUGACGAGCCAGACGAGACCGUGAUACCUGAAAGUGCACCCUCGAGCAACGGGCCUUCAGGCCCGCCACCUCUUCCUACGCCCAACAGCCGACCUCCAUACUCUGCUGCUGCAAACCCCAUGCUCCCACCACAGGCUGGUCCUUCUUCUGCACCCAGCUACCCCCAGCAGAACGGGUACUUUAACGACACCGUGCCCGCUUACAUUCCGCGUCCGCAGAUGCCCUCACAAAGCAACAUUAGUGAAAAGGACCGUAUUCGCCAGGCAGAGACAAGACUCUUGCCCAGUCAGCCAUCGCCACCAGCGGAGGCAUCAUCUUCAUCAGCCCCACCAGACGACGACCUAUACAGCAAUCAUGACGCACCCGACGCACCGCCAGCUGACCUCUUGCCCUCCGCUCCGUCCGCCGCUGACGCAGGGCCAUCUGCCCCAACACUGGAUGAGGUUGUAUCACCAGCUCACCCCACUGAGGACAAGCAGGAGCUGGAGCGUAGGCGCCUAAUUGAUGAGGCCAGUGCACCUCCGGAAGUCCCUGACGAUGUCGAACAGCAGCAGCCCGAUGCACCGUCAGCACCAGACCUCGACAAUGCCGAGCCCAGCGCCCCCGUUCUCAACGAGGAUGACGACUUUGAAAGCUUCGGUAUCGAAGCCGCCGGUCCUUCGAAUGCCGGCCCCAGCACCAAUGGCGAACAAUUACCAGCCUAUCAGCGAUAAACCCCAUCUCACACCUCUCUCAACGUACAUAUAAAAUCAUUACACACCCGCGCAACCUUUUAACGCUUGCUUUAUUUUCUUCUGUCUUUUUUGUUCACGGCCUCUGGCACGAGGAUCUUUCAUCAUGGGGAGUCACUACAGCAACUACAGCCCGCAUGCAUUGCAAACUAUGCUUGGCGGAAACUACGGCGUUUUUUUUGGAGAGUCUGGAUAUUCGACUCGUACUUUAUACAUUACUUUUACGUCAUGACAUGCUAGGGGUUACUUCUUUUGAGAUGGCGGGCGUAUUUUAGGAUAAUUAUAGUGAAAAAAUGGAGAGUUGAUCGAAAGUCGAAAUCAUUACUUGCCGUGACUUGCACGCAUUCCGUGACGUAUAUGCCAUUCUAUAUCUAUAAGCUAGUUUUGAUGCCCCAAGCUAUAAUUACAUAUGUCUUUUUGUACAUGCAACACCCCUUCUUCUCUAUUAAUGCUGGAGCGUCACUGGUCGUCCUUCUUCCCAGUUACUCAAGCUCUCCCUGAUAUUCACCCAGUAUCUGAGCCGCACGGCCUCCUUCUUCGCAGCAUCAAUGUCGUCCUCAUGGAACGCCUGCUCAAGCACCUGCUCGCUGUCAGCGAUACGCUCUUCAUUGAUACGUUUGGGCUCCUCGAGAUCCUCUUCCGAUUGAGCAUCCUCAAUCUCCUCCUGUGCCUCCAGCACUUCCAUCAGCAAGCUGGGCUCUUCGACCUUGAGCGUCUCGUCAUUGGCCACGUCCACGCCGCGCAGGGCCAGAAGAUAUUGUGCCCGCAGCAGCGGAUUCGAGAGUGUCUUGUAUGCCUCGUUGAUGCGUGCAGAUGUAGCUUCCGCGCGCGCCUUGUUCUCAGCAGGGUGCAUGUCGGGGUGUGCGCGGGCCUGGAGCUGGAGGAAUUCGCGGCGCAGGGCGCGCGUGUCGAUGGGGAAGCGGCCGCUCGGGGGAGGCCCUUGGGGUAGCGAUGUCGGGAAGAAGUCGUAGUGUGUUUCGGGUUUGGAGGAGAAGAACCGGCGGCGUGGUGUGAGAAGUGUGCGGGAGACGCGGCAUGCGCAAAUGCCGCGGCGGGCGCGGGAUGUGAUGGUAGCUGGGUUCAUGAUGUGUGCGUGCAGUCUUCCUCUGUGUGUUGAUAUCGCAGUAUCAGCCAGCGAGGGGAGUUGUAGAUGGGCUUCCGGGUUGGAUAUGCUGCUACG